AUGCACACCAGAUGCUCGACGAAAUGCUGCCUCACUGUCCAUGGCGCCGGUGAAGGUCUGUGUUACUUCAAGCACUUGCAAGCAUCGCGCGCCAGCGCUCAUGAGUUCGAGGUCUCAAGCGCGCUUUCCGUGUCCGCCAAACUUCACGCGCUGGAUGAUGGUAAACAAAUUCAUGCUUUCAUUGUCAAGAAUAACAUCGUCAUGGAUGUUGCUGCAUGGAACUCUCUCAUUAAUUUCUACUUCAAAUGCGGGAGUGUUUGUGAUGCCGAAAAGGUGCUUGAUGAAAUGUCUGAAAGAGAUGUUUAUACUUGGACUGUCUUGGUUAAUGGAUAUGCUCUUAAUGGGAACUUGAGAGAGGCCAUGGAUUGUUUUGAUAAGAUGCCAUGGAGGAAUACUGUGUCUUGGAAUUCAGUAAUUAGUGCUUGCCAGAGAGAAGGAUGUGAUGAAAUGGCAAUGCAAAUGUUUAACAGGAUGAGGAGAGAAGCUGAAGUUCCGAAUAACUUGACAUUUGUUGCAGUAUUGAAGGCUUGUUCUUGCUUGCUAGUGUUGGAGAAUGGUGAGGGAAUUCAUGGUUGCAUGGUGAAGUCUUGGUGGACAAAGGAUGUUCUUGCUGGAUGCACAUUGAUGGAUAUGUAUGCAAAGUGCGGCGAUGAUGUAUCGGAUGUUUGGACAGCUUUUGGGGAUAUUGAAAACAAGAAUGUUGUUUCCUGGUCGAUAUUGCUGGCUAGUUACGCUCAGAAUGGGAAAAUUGUCGAGGCUGAGGGGAUUUUUUGUGGAAUGGUUGAGAGGAAUGUUGUUUCUUGGAAUGUUAUGAUUGCUGGAUAUGUGCAGAAUGGUCUGCAAGAUAAAGCGUUCAGGCUUUUCGGUGAUAUGGUCCGCAUCAAUGUGAAGCCAAAUACUUUUACCCUUACAAGUUUGAUGAGUGGGUGCUCUAAUCCUCGCUAUGCGAAAAUAGGGGAAUCGUUUCAUGGCUAUGUCAUACAAGUUGGAUUAGAGACAGAAAUUUCAAUAUGCAAUUCGAUGAUAACCAUGUAUGGUGAGCAGGGAAAUGUUGGACAUGCUCGUCUGGUGUUUGACAUGAUGCCUCUAUAUGAUGUGGUUUCAUGGACAGCGAUGGUGGCUGGUUAUGUCUCUAAUGGUGAUUUAUUUGAAGCUCAUCGAAUGUUCGAUAGCAUGCCGGAGAAAAACCUGAUAGCUUGGAAUACAAUGAUGUUUGGCUACCUUCAGAACGGAAAGAACAUUGCAGUUGAUAAUCCACACAAGUUACAUGAUCUGUUUAUCUCUGUUGAUGAUGCACUAAUGUUCUUUCAUGAAAUGGAAACAUCGGAUGUGAAACCUGAUCAUUUUUCCUACAAUUGUGCUCUAAGUGCUUGUGCUAGUGUAGGAGCUGUAGAGCUGACCAGGACCACUCAUUGCAAAGCCCUGAAAAGAGGGUUUGAAUCAGAUGUAGGAGUGAGGAAUGCACUGAUCACUGCCUAUGGGAAAUGUGGAUGCAUUAGAGAAGCAGAGAAGAUUUUCAGUGGCAUGAACAGUCCUGACAGGAUAUCAUGGAAUGCAUUGUUGACUGGGUACUCACAGAACGGAAGAGGAAAUGAAGCAUUGGAUUUCUAUGAGGUAAUGCAGAAGUCGAGAAUUGAGCCAAAUCAUGUCACUUUCAUAAGCUUACUUUCAGCAUGUAGUUACAUUGGAGAGGUCAAGAAAGGUCAGUGUUUCUUCGAUGAAAUGGUGAACACUCAUGGGAUUAGUCCUACAAAGGAACACUAUGCCUGUAUGGUUGAUUUACUUGGACGAGCAGGCCUACUUUCUGAAGCUGAGGCUAUAAUCAGAAAAAUGCCCAUCAAACCAGAUGCAGCAGUGUGGGGUGCUCUAAUUGGUGCUUGCAAAAUGCAUGAAAAUCCUACAAUUGGCAGGAGAGCAGCAAAUCAAAUCUUUACUCUUGAACCAGACAAUUCAGCUGCUCAUAUCACAUUAGCCAAAACUUUUGCGGCUGCCAGGAUGUGGGAUGAUGUAGCAGAAGUGAGGACAAUCUUAAAGGAAAAGAAGCUAUUAAAAGAGCCUGGAUGCAGUUGGAUUGAGAUCAGGAACCAAAAACACGCAUUUCUUUCUUGUGGCAUCACACACCUUCAAAAUAAUUUGAUUCAGGAAACACUCUCUUGUCUGUAUUGUAACAUGAAAGACAGGCUAUGCACAACUUUCUGA